UGUGUUUAUCGCUGUGGUUUAUCAGAAAAACGAAAAUAUUUUGGUUUUACAAUUGUAUUUCCGUACAUUACACACCACAAAAAUACAAAAAUAUGAUUUGUAGACUUUGUCUAAAAGAUAUUCUCGAAGUAAUAAAUAUAUUCGAUGAAAUUGGAAUCGAACUCAAUGUCGUCGGUAUAUUAAAGAAAUACUUUUGGUUUGAGCCAAAAAUUGAUGAUCCUAUAUCAACAGCAAUAUGCAACGAUUGCUGGUUGAGAGUGGUGAACUUCCAUGAAUACUAUUUAUCAGUAGAAGAAGCUCAUCGUCUUUUAGCCGAAAGAUUUUUCGUCAAAGCUUCUUCGCCUUUAUUGGUAAAUGAUGUUAUAGAUGAUGAAAACAUUGAAAAGGACGGUGAGAACUCCUCGGAUUUGAAAGAUGGUGAUGUGAAUAAGCAUUUACAAUGGGAUGUGCAAGAAGUCAAUUUCAGUUAUCCGCUUAUAGAAGAUGAAGAAAAACCCGAAGGAAGUGAGUUUUCGCCAAGUGAUGAUAUUUUCAUUGAAGAACUUGAAGAUACUAAAGAAGAUGUAAAAGAUGUUGACAUCAAACCACAAACGGAAGAACUUAUUUCUACCAACCAACGUUGCUUGUCUCUUCGGACGAGAACCAUAAGCAAUGUUAAACUCUCACCUGAUACAUCAUCUGCCCAAAAUAAAACCCGAAGAAAGCAGGAAAAAAAAUCACCCACUGAAAGAUCUCUAGAAAAAGAAUCAAAAUAUAAUAUACGUGCCAAAGAAUAUGACGAAUUAAUAGCCAAACACAUGAAACUCGCUUGCGAGAUAUGUCAUGUUGAGCUGAUCGACUUCACUUCGUUGCGUCAGCAUUUCUGGAACUCACACGGUCAGAAGGGUUAUAUUGUUUGCUGUAACAAAAAGCUCUUCAAACGUGUUUUACUUGUCGACCACAUUAAUAAGCAUUUAGAUCCUGAAUACUUCAAAUGUCAAAGCUGCAAUAAGGUCUUUGCUGAUAAACAGUGCUUGAAAAAUCACAUGCUCAUAAUCCAUCAGGCCGACGAAGAAAAACCGUUUCAGUGUGAGUCCUGUUCAAAGCGAUUCAUCAAGCAGUACCUGCUAGAGCAGCAUCAAGUCAUUCAUGUGCCAUUAGAGGAGCGAAAGUUUCCCUGCGAUUUCUGUCCGAAAGUAUUUCCAAGUGAAAACACUUUAAAUACUCAUCGUAAAAAUACUCACCUGCAGGAAAACGGGCGAAUGUGUCAUAUUUGCGCCAAAGUCAUUCGUGGAAGAGCAAUGUUUGAAAAGCAUCAACUCGAACACAAUGGUGUUAAACAACCCGAAAUCCAAUGUGAAAAAUGUGGAUCAUGGUUGAAGAACAAACACAGCCUACAAAAGCAUUUGCGUCGUCACAACGAAGAAGGCAAAAUGUACACGUGUAAUAUUUGUGGCAAAGUUGCGCCCAAUCAAAGUGCUCUACGAAGUCAUAUCCGUUACGUGCACGCAUCAGAACGAACUUAUGCGUGUAGUGUAUGUGAUAAGUCAUUUAAAAAACCACUCAAUUUAAAAGAACACAUGACAACGCACACGGGAGAAGUUCUAUAUUCCUGCCCACAUUGUCCGAAAACUUUCAAUUCAAAUGCAAAUAUGCAUUCUCAUCGAAAGAAAAUUCAUCCUCGAGAAUGGGAAGCAAAUAGGAAACAUCGUAAGGGCAAAGUCGCUGGUAUUUCGUCAACAGUCCAAAAAACCCAAACCACAGACGACGAAGUUAUGCCAGAAGAUGAAAACACAGAAAGUUGAAUAAUUUGAAAAGUGACUUCCUCUUUAUGUGGUUUCUAAUUUUAAGAUUCUUAUUUAAGAAGACUCAUUAAAAUAAAAAAAAUAAUGAAA